UCUGCUUGCCAUGAAUGGUGUUUGUUAGUGCAUCGCUGGGCCUAUGGCAACUUUGCAUUUGGAGCCUGCCGCUUCUGGGGACACGCUUUGGUCUUGCUAAUCUAAUCUAUGGUGUGCAAAGUCCAUUCCUUAGGCUUGCUAUCACCACCGUCAGCUAUUGUUCCCUUUAAUUGGAUUAGGGAGUAUCGGUUUCUUGCUGCAGCAGUUGCACUAAAGUGGUCAGCUACUAGCCAAGAACUUCAGUGUGGUUGCAACUGUAUAUACCUCUCUUGCAUAGAGUAAGAGAAAAAGCUGAGCUUUUUGCCUUCUUGAUGAGUAAAGAAAACUGUUGAGUGGUGCAGACAGUUGUACCAUUCAGGAUUUACUAUUGAUAUAGAGGCAUAAACUCUGCAAUAAUGAUAGUGCAAUUGUGGCUGCAAUGCAGAGCAUAUGAAUGGCCAGUGUUAGCACCUGGUAGCGGAGAUCACUGGUAAAAUGGAGUGAGAAUGAGAGUUCUGUCCCUCAUGGGAGUGUCUUCCCUGUGCAGGUUGCUUCAGAGAAAGACUUUCUUGACGCGGUGAACAAAGUCAUCAAGGCCUAUGCCAAGUUUAGCUCCACCCCUCGCUACAUGACAUACAACUAACUCAUUCAGCUAUAAUAAUAGCUUGGGUGUAUAUUGUACUAUGUCUGUAGCGGCCAAUACUUUUCCCUGCUUAUACGAGCUGUCUGAUAUUAUGUCUCUGUUUUUGGUGGUCGCUCGCGUCAUUUUGUGCGCAUGCGCCGCGAGCGCUGCGGUAAUCGCGCUCCCCUCUCGCGGAAACGCACGCUAUAAUUAUACCUCCGCGAAGAAAGAACAUCCAGAUUCACGCUUUCUCCGAGUAUUGUUUCACAGCGGACAGUGCUGCCAGAGAACUUGCAGCGAUAAGGGUUCUGUCGUUAUUUCAAUCCACGUAUUCAGCUGAGCGUUUGCAGAACACCCCCCGCAUCGACCGCCGGACUUCCACUGCACCCGCGUUCAAGAAGAUGAAGGGAGAAGUAGUACUCCUUGCUGCGGUUCUUGGUCAUUUAGUGCUGUCCUGCUCCGCCCUUCAACCGUGGUGGUCGCUGGGGUUCGAUACAUGUGCGACGUCAAAUUCAAACUGCUCCAGAUGUGCAGAUACGCAUGUCUUUGAUAAACACCAAGAGAAUCUCUGUUCGCGACACGGGGAGACUGAAGUGGUCCGGGCCAUGUCUCGAGGGAUCCUCAAUUGUAUCCGAGACUGUCAGCAACAGUUCUCUAACACGCAGUGGAACUGUACCACCUUCAACGGAGAAUAUCUCUUUGGGCAUUUCAUCGAAAGUGCUACGAGAGAAACUGCGAUGCUAAACGCCUUCCUAAGUGCAGGAGCUACCCACGGGAUUGCCUCGGCAUGCCAUAAGAGUACAAUAGACGGCUGCCCGUGCAUUGCCGACCAAACGAAGAGAGAGGGCGGAAUCACUUAUCUGCAGAAGUGUAACGACAAUGUCCAGUUUGCCGUCGAUUUCAUGAAGAACUUUUACGGCAUCGAGGAUUCCACGGAUGAAGCUGACCUGGUGAACAAGUGGAACAACGAACUAGGCUAUCAAGCUGUAAACAAUCGGUCAACAUACUGUCGUUGUACCGGCCUCUCUGGCAGUUGCGUCGUCCAGACCUGCUACGAGCGGGCUCCCUCGGUUGACGAAAUCGGCCAAAAACUCAGAAACAAGUCACUUGGAUUUGAUAGGUGUGCCACUGAUCCAACUAAUUGCACAAACUGUGCCGACACACAUGUGUUCAACACCCACCAAGAGGAGCAGUGUUCGAGGCACGGCAAUACCGAAGUGGUGAAGGCCAUUUCUAAGGGAGCGCUCGAUUGCAUCCGACAGUGCCAGAAAAAGUUUAACAACACGCAAUGGAACUGCACCACUUUUAACGGAGAGUAUCUUUUUGGACGGUUCAUUGAAAACAUUACUCGAGAGACUGCUGUGGUAAAUUCCUUCCUGAGUGCAGGGGCUGCCCUUGCAGUUGCAGAAGCCUGUCACACGGGUGUCAUUGAUGGGUGUCCGUGCAUCGCAAGCACCAACUAUCGAGACGACGACACUACAUUUCUUCACCAGUGCAACGAUAAUGUGGAGUUUGCUAUUGGGUUUGUGAAAAAUCUCUACAACCUUGAGAGAUCCACCACGAAAGAGGAUGUGGUCACCCGGUGGAACAACAAACUAGGCUACGAGGCCGUCAACCGCACCUCAACCUACUGUCGCUGCAUCGGUCUCUCGGGCAGCUGUGUCCUGCAAAGUUGCUACCAGAGAGCUCCCACGAUCAGCGAAAUCGCCUGCGAGCUACGAAAGAAAUACGAUGGCUCGCAGAAAGUCGUGGAAGUGGACUCCAGCCUGUACCUCGCGGGAAACCCCGAUAUAAAAGCACUCCCCGACUUCCCUGUUCACCUCAGAAACACUCCAAACCUCUGUAUUCCUUCUCCGGAAGACAAUAUCCUGGGAACCAGGGGGCGCAGAUGCGAACCGAGCAUCAGUGGCCCUGACAGUUGCAGCUCUCUAUGCUGUAACAAUGGGUUUGAGUCGUUCACUUACGAGGUCCCAGUUGAGACAUGCAGAUUUGUAUGGUGUUGCAGAAUAGAGUCACUGGGGAGAACAAACUGCUCCGUUAGUUACGAGGGCUGUCCCAAUUGCGAAGACACUGGUGGUUGUGAGUAUUCUGGCCUACUGUGUAGAGGGCUGCGGAAUGCGAUUGGAGCCUGCCAGAAAAAGUUCUCAAACACACAGUGGAACUGUUCACUGGGUGAAGAGCACAUCUUUGGAUCUUUCGUGUGCAAUAGCUUCACCAGGGAAACUGCCAUAGUGGGUGCCUUACUAAGUGCAGGGGCUGCCCUUGCAAUUGCAGAGGCCUGUCACAAGGGUUUAAUCUAUGGGUGUCCGUGCAUCGCAAGCACUAACUAUCGAGAUGACAACACUACAUAUCUUCACCAGUGCAACGAUAACGUGAGGUUUGCUACUCGGUUUGUGAGAAAUCUCUACACCAUGGAGGGAUGCACCAUGGAAGAGGCUAUGGCCAACUUGUGGAACUACGAACUAGGCUACCAGGCCGUCCACCGCACCUCAACCUACUGUCGCUGCAUCGGUCUCUCGGGCAGCUGUGUCCUGCAAAGUUGCUACGAGAAGGCUCCCACGAUCAGCGAAAUCGCCUGCGAGCUACGAAAUAAAUACGAUGGCUCGCAGAAAGUUGUGAAACUGAACUCCAGCCUGUACCUCGCGGGAAACCCCGAUAUAACAGCACUCCCCGGCUUCCCUGUUCACCUCAGAAACACUCCAAACCUCUGUAUUCCUUCUCCGGAAGACAAUAUCCUGGGAACCAGGGGGCGCAGAUGCGAACCGAGCAUCAGUGGUCCUGACAGUUGCAGCUCUCUAUGCUGUAACAAUGGGUUUGAGUCGUUCACUUACGAGGUCCCAGUUGAGACAUGCAGGUCACUGGGGAGAACAAACUGCUCCGUUAGUUACGGGGACUGUCCCAAUUGCGAAGACACUCUUGUGUUCAACAAUCCUCAGGAAAAGCACUGCUCUCGUCACGGAGAGAAAGAGGUGGUGUGGGCACUGUCUAGAGGGCUGUGGCAUGCAAUUCGAGGUUGCCAGGAGCAGUUUACAAACACCCUGUGGAACUGUGCGCUGGGUGAAGAGCACCUCUUUGAAGAAUUCGUGUGUCAUAACUGGGCAACCCUGGGAAUUGCAUCAGCCUGCCACAGAGGAGUCAUAGACGGUUGUCCCUGCAACACUGGUGAAAACCGCAGAGAGGACGGAACUACCUUCCUCCAUACUUGCAAUGAAAAUGUCGAUUAUGCCAUUCGUUUCGUAAAAGAACUCUACAAUACCGAGGAUUGCGAUAUGGAGGUGGAUUUGGUGAGAAGUCACAAUUACAGACUGGGAUAUGAAGCUGUCAACAAGACCUCCACCUACUGUCGUUGUACCGGUCUCUCUGGCAGUUGCGUCGUCCAGACCUGCUACGAGCGGGCUCCCUCUGUUGACGAAAUCUUCAGCCAACUCAGACGGAAGUACGAAGGCUCGCAGAAGGUCGAAAAGAUAAACAACACGCUCCAUAUCGCAGGAAGACCAGACAAAACACCUCUACCUGGAUUCCCGGUUUACCUCUGCGAUACUCCCGAUCUUUGCGAAAUUCAGGACACCAGGGGACGCGUGUGUGACCCCCACAGCAGUGGGUCGGACAGCUGCAAUAACCUCUGCUGCGGAAGAGGUUUCGAGGAAGUUCACUACGACAUCCCCAACGAAAAGUGUCGUUUCGUCUGGUGCUGUCGGAUCAUGUGCACCUCACUCCCACCUACGCCUGCGAUACUGUAUCGCUGCUACUAACUUUUGUGAUUGUGAUGACUUCAGAUAUCGAUUCAUGCACAUUGUGAGAUAUCCCCCAGUAUGAUACUGUACUGGUAUUAUUAUUAUUAUAACAAAUACUCACUUAUUUUCCCAGUCAGAUACUCCCUCUUUUCCUGAUUGGUUCAUUUUUGCUAUGCAUUGCCUAUAAACCACCUCUUCAAGAUAUUGUCAUUGCUCUUAAUUUUGUGCAAUUUUUGUGGUGGAUAAUUGAUUUUUCUUGAGUUUACCCCAG